AUGGUUGAGACGGAUUGGAGAGAAAUCUUAAACUACGCUCAAAAAGAACUAAAACGGUCAGAUAAAGAAAAGUUGUGUGAAAGUUUAUCGUGGAUGGAAGCAGACGAUAUUGAAUUGAAUUUUUCCGACCUUAAAACAUUGUUUAGACUAGCUCAGGAUAUUUUAAAAUUUAAAAACGAACAGGUUGAUAAUUUACUCGGACAAUUGGAUACACUUAAACGAAAAUAUGACAAAGCCAAAGGAAAAGUUCUUGUUAGUGAUUCUCCUUCCAAAGAUUCGGACGUUUUGGAAACUAUUUCGCAUCAAGAAGAUUUAAUUAAAGCAAAUAAAGAAAUUUUACAACAAUUAUAUUCAGAUAUCGCUAAUUUAGAAAAUCGUAAGGGUGACUUAGAAAAAGCAACACAGAAAGCAGAUCUUGACAGUGAAUCAAGUCGUGAUGCUUUAUCUGAAAUGGGUGCUAUCGCAGAACUUGAAAAUGAAAUAUUGAAGAAAAAUAAACAUAUAAGAAAACUUUUGAACGAUGUUAAAUCACUUGAAGAAGAAAAUAUCAAUUUAAAACAAAAGUUGUCGGUAUUAAAAGAGAAAUUAAAAGAAUCUGUUCAAAUAAUCGAUAAUUUAACUGAACAACUGUUUACUAUUAACAACGAAUGUGCGCAAUUAAAAGAUGCACUUGGAAAAUGUGAGAAGGACAAAGCUCAGUUUAAUCUGGAAAUUGAAAAUUUGAACAGAAAGUUAAAAGAAAAUAAAUCAAAACAGGAUAUUGUUCAAGAUGAUGUAAAGUUGAAGAUUCAACAUUUAAAGGAAACAAUUAAAUUACACAAAACUGAAAUAAGCCGCUUAUCUGAAGAAAAUGUGAAUCAAAAGGAUGAAAUAGCAAGACUGUUGAGUGAUAGUUCGUUCUAUGCUCAAUAUAAAGAUCAAGCGAUAAAAAUAAAAGAAUUACAAAAUAAAUUAUCGGAAGCUUCAAGUCGAAUGGUUGAAACCGCAGAAUUAAUUAAUGUCUUAAAAGCAGAGAAUAAUAAACUAAAAAGAACAGUUCCUGUGCGUUCUGAAAGCAAACAAAAAAAUAGAACUCUUCGUGAAAAUAAUGAAAAAGAAAUUAUGCAUACCUUACAGAACAAAAAUACAAAACUUAAAUUUGAUCUUCAAAGUGCAAAUGAGAUGAUUGCAUUAAGAGAAAAGGAGCUUACAGAUGUCACUACUCAACUUCAUGUUUUACAAGAAGAUGAAGGAAUUAAGAGCUUGAUAACGGGUCUUAAAAACAAAAAGCGUGAGGUAAAAGUAAAAGACGAGGGAAUUAAGUCAUUAGUACAAGAAGUAAACAAUUUGCAUCAGCUUGUUAGUGAAAUACAAAUUGAAAAUGAAAUUUUGAGGCAAAAACUAAACAUACCUCCAAAUGAAAAAAUUGCAACCAUGGGAUUUUUAAAGGAUUAUCGUGCCCUUAAACAGCAAAAUAUAAACUGGUCAAAGGAAAUCCGUAAAACUGCAAAUAAAAUAUCAGUUCUUGAAAUGGAAAACUAUAUUAAAUCUCAAAAAAUAUCAAAACUUAAAGAAUUCUUAAAAAGCUCGGGUUUUACGGAAGACAAAAUAAAAGAAAUUUUAAUUGAUGAAACUGAUACACUAGAACCUAAAGGAAAGGAAGAAGAGCAAACGAACGUGGACGAGAACCACGAUGAAUUGCAACAAAACGAUAUGAUGAACAAGAACCUUGAAACAAUUGAUAUCAAAUCGAUACUUGAAGAAAACGAGGGCUUAAGAAACAGUCUCACCGAAAUAUUAAACUACUUGAAGGAUAAUAGCACUACGUCCUCCGGAGUAUUAACAUUAAAGUGCCCAAGUUUGGAUACUCUGCUACAGUCAAUGGAAGCCCGGCGAGCUGCUGGAUGGUUUGCACCACACAUGAAAACUAUUUUAGAACUAAAAGCUGCAUUGGGAGGAAGAGAUGCCUUGCUUACUGCAUUACACGAAUCAAGGAGAGAAACUUUUGACGUGAUGAAUCAACUUUCACUGGAGACAAAAAAAUGCAGAGAACUAGAAAAUGAGUUAACUGAAAUUAAGACCAAUGUUCAAAAGGAAAAAGCGACAAGUGUGAACGAACAUUCACUUGAUUACAGCGAUGGCGAAUUUGGAUCAUGGAUACUGGAUGUACAAUAUAAUAAUAUUGACUUAUUAGACAAAAAUAAAAUACAAAAUGUAAUUUCAAAGGGCGAUACAAUAUAUGAGCGAAAUAUAAAACAUAACUUACUUUAUUUCACAUACAAAUUUAAAACGCUUUAUGAAAAACUUUCAACAUUAUCAAUUAAUGUAGCUGAGGCCAAAAAUAAUUGGUCUAUUCAAGAAGAACAGUAUAAGGCACAAAUCAUAAAUUUAAAAUCACAAAUCUGUGAAUCUCUUGAUGAUGACAUUAGUGAAUCAUCUCCUGGUAUCAUCAAUGAGAAUAAUCAAUUGACACAAACAAAAUAUAAUUAUUUGGAAGAAAACUACAAAAAUAUUCGGACUCUAUACGAAAAUUUGAAAAAAGAUUUGUUAGAAGAAAGAAAGGAAAUACUAUUUCUCGCUUCUGAUUAUGAAGAAAGACUACAAAAAUUAAUGAUAGCUAACACUGAACUUACUGAUAAACUUCGUAAUUCUGUACCUGUUGAAGUGUUUUGGCAACAAAAUGCUACUCUUACAGAUCUUCAUUUGAAAUAUCGAAAUUAUUUGGCGAGAGAUACAACCACACAUAUUAAAAAUGCUGACUUAUUAACACAACUGAAUGCACAAAAAAUUGAAAUAAUCAAUCAUUUCAAAAAUUACUUGAAAGGUGGAAAUGAGAUAGAGAAUAUACAAAAACAAUUAGAUAAAUCAAUAACUCAAAAUCAAAUAGAGCAACUAUCGAACCAGCUUCAACAAAAAACAGAGGAAAUAGAAAAUUUGAACAAAAAAAUAUAUGGCCUGGAUAAAUCUUACAAUGACUAUAUUUUAACGAACGAAGAAAUAAAUUUUAUGAAGGAAAGCUUACAAAACGCAACAAUUGAAAACAAUGCACUUAAACAACAAUGUCGAGAGUUAAAGAUGGAAUUAGAUAAAAGUUAUAUAAAGUUACAGGCUUAUUCUCAAAACGAAUUGGGUAUCCAAAAAGAACUCAAUAUGCUACGUCAUCAAAUCGUCGACCUUCAAGUGCCAGGACAAAACACAGCUGCAAUAUCUAGAUUAAACAAUGAAAUAUUGUUGGCUCAUUUACAAAACGUAGAAAAUCUCCAAAAAAGUGAAACAUUAACAAUGAUUUUAAAUAAAGAACGCCAGCUUCGAAUAGAUGCCGAAGAAAUGUUAGAGAAGCAACAAAAAAUAUCUCAUAUUUAUAUGGCACGGAAUGGAAUAAAGUUUCGGAAUAUGUUUGAAGAGACUGAAAUUUUGAGGCAACAAUAUCAAGGAGUUUUACCACUUGUUAGUAUUGAAAAUUUCAUAAAAAGUGUUGAUGAUAUACAAGAAAAAGCAAAGGAUCUAAAUGAGAAACUAAUGGAAGUGGAAGACUUGCGUGCAGGUCUUAUGACUAAACAUAGUGUUUAUGAUCAAAUAAUUAAUUUAUCAAAAUGCUUUGAAGAACAAGACUGCUGCCCGCAUAAAAUAAAAUAUUUAAUGAUGGAAAAAGUGAAUGACUUGGAAUUGGAACACAACAAGAAAAAAAUUGAAAUUCUCGAGCAGUCACGAAACACCUUAGUAAAUCGUUACAAUAAUUUGGAAAAGACGUUGCUUUUGAUAAAUCGGGGUUUUAUUCCUGUGAAGCAAAGUCAAAGUGUAGAAAAUAAAGCUCCAUUACAUAACAACAAUGACGAUUCCUUAGAAGUAGAGGAAAUAUAUUCAGAUACUGAUUCUAGUAAGAAAGGAGAUGAAACAUACACAUUAUGUAAAGUACCUCCAAAAAGUAAUGAAUAUAUUACAAAGUCUAUUCAAGCUCAACCGACAGAAUUGAAAAGUGUUUUUGUUCAAACAGUGUUUGAGCACAAGAAAAAAGAACAUAAAGAAGUACAGCUUGAUGAAGAUGACCAGAUAAAAGAACUUAAAAAAGAACUACAUAUGAUUACAGCAAAAUCGUAUGGGCUCGAAAAAGAGUUAAAAGAAGCAAUGUUAUCUUAUAAAGAACAAGCGCAUGAAAUAACUAAAUUGAAUCGCCUUAACAAUGAACUAAAUAAAGACAAAAUGGAACUGCAAGAAAAAAAUCAACAUUUAAUAAAUACAAAUAUGCAAAAAGAUAAGUUAUAUGAAACCCUACAUACCAAUACUGAAAGUUUAAAAUUACAACUCAAAGAAUGUAAAAACAACAAUAUUAGCCAAGCGCGAUGGCAAAGCGAAGCUAACGAGGAAAAUAAAUCGAUUAUAUUAAACAUGAAACAGAUUGAAAGUAGUAAAAAUAAAAUUAUCGAAGAAUACAAAGUGUUAAUUAAUAACGAGAGAGAAGAAUAUGGAAAAUUAAUAAGUGAUUUACAAUUUAAACUUCGUGCAUUACAGGCACAGCUUGAUCAGAGAAGCAACAUUAACACCUUCAGUGAAGUAAACAUCAAAGGCUCUUCCGAAAAAUUGGAUUCAAAUAUUACUGAAUUAGAAGAUAAGUGCUUCAAGCUAAAUUGCAACCUAGACACCUGUGAAUCUGAGUUGAAAACGUGCAAAAGUGAAAUGGAAAGGUGGAAAAAUUUAGCUUCUGAAAGAUUAACGAAAAUGGAGCAAUUAAGUUCACAAUUAAAGGAGAGACACAAUCAGGAAGUUGAAUCAUAUAAAGCGGAAAACCAACAUUGGCUCUCACAACUUAACGAAACUCAGCGUGAACAUAUGGAGCUACGGACACGAUUGACUGAACAAAAAACACUACAUUUAAAACAAUUAUCUGAAAAGGACUCACACAUUGAACAUCUACGCGCUAUUAUCAAAAAUCUGAAGACACAAAUAAUGAAUAUGCAAACCAUGAUUUCUAUAAAUGAUCCAAGCUUCGAUUUGUCCGCGAUUGUGGAAGUGGAAGAAGUGAGUGACGCAAUCUCGCACCAGGAUUCGGACAUGUUGGAACUGAAAUUCGAAUCCACCGGCAAUCUGACAGAUUUACAGGACGACUUGAAAAAGUUUCCAACCAGUUCUACUGCUAUAUGGCAAGAACCUCUUAUAGAACGACUGAGAAGAGAAAAACAGCUGAUGGGCAAACAAAAUGCAAUUUUACGGAAGCAAAUCAAAGCGCUCGCUGGUCGAGAGAGGAGAGCUCGACUUGAUGCACAAAAUCUCAAAAACCAAGUGUAUAGAAUAAGCACAUCUGGACAAAAAGUGACUUCAGCAGAAUCGGCUGCACUUCAAAACAAGAUAGCUUCGUUACAGGCACAGUUGACGAGCGCCCGCCGAGACACUAGCUCUACAGUCGCGCUUUGGGACAAGUGGAAAAGAGCUCAGCAGGCUUCGGAGCGGUGGCAAGCAAGAUACGAGGAAAAAUGUCAAGAGAUAUUAAAAUUAGAAUCCAGUCUUAAUCUAGCAAAAUCAGCAAUAUCACGGUUAGAUAAAGAAAAACGGAUACUACUGGCCAGGUUAUCAGAAACUAAAAAUGAAAAACAAUUAGCUAUAGAGAAGCACAACGAAGAAUCAUCAGAAAAAUCGAGCGUUAUCAGACACGAAUAUUGCGAUAAUCCACCUCAUCUGCUCACAAAAUCUUUACUCGAACGAGUAGAAGCACAACAGCGAAGAAUUGUGGCCCUGGAAAUAGCUGAAAAGGGUAAUGAGCCUUUGGUAUCCGAGUAUGAAAAAUCAUUGGCCGUAAUAACAUCACUGAAGGGGCAAGUACUAAAGCUAGAGUCCGCAUUACUGGAAGCACAAAUCAAAUCUCCACUUAGAUCGAACCAGGAUUCCAAACCUGAACUUGACUACUGGAAAAGUUAUUGUGAAAUGCUAAAGGAAGAAAACGUUCAACUAACGUUAAAGUUGAAUUCACAUGAAAAUUCCCCACCAGUGCAUAAUCAACGGGUUAAUGAUCUGGAGCAAACCGUCCUCACACUCAGAGGAUUAGUAAGUAAAUUACAAGCCGAUCAAAAGUCAACAAUAUCUGGACACAAGCGAUCUGACUCAAGACCAACUAGUGGACAAAGUGGCGUGGAUAAAAACCGUAACCAAUUAGAAUCAUACAGAAUAGAGAUCAUGACCCUUAAAAGGAGCAUCCAUGAAAAGGAUUUACUUCUAGAAAAAUCUAAGGAAAUGCUCAAAAUUGCAGCUGAAAGGGAAGAAGAUUUAUUGAGAGAGAACACAAUUCUUCGGCAUCGUUUGGAAGAACUAUCAGACAGCCGUGGUUUUCUAUCCGCAUAAAGUUAAAUUCGUAUAAAAUAUUCACUUCGUACAUUUAUAAGGGAUAGAGAUUAGAUAAGUUUAAAUGAG